GAACCCCGAUAUCGUGCUGGUGCACUACUUGAACGUCCCCGCCAUCGAAGACUGCGGGAAGCCAUGUGGCCCCAUCCUCUGCUCCAUCAACACCGACAAGAAGGAGUGGGCCAAAUGGACCAAGGAGGAGCUGAUUGGCCAACUGAAGCCCAUGUUUCACGGCAUCAAAUGGACGUGCAGCAACGGGAACAGCAGCUCCGGCUUUUCCGUGGAGCAGUUGGUGCAACAGAUCCUGGACAGCCACCAAACGAAGCCGCAACCUCGGACGCACAACUGCCUCUGCACCAGCAACCUCGGGGCCGGGAGCAGCGUGCAUCACAAGUGCAACAGUGCCAAACACCGCAUCAUCUCCCCCAAGGUCGAGCCCCGGUCGGGGGGCUACAGCGCCCACUCGGAGGUGCAGAACAAUGACGUCUCGGAGGGCAAGAACGAACACAGCCACAGCAAGUCCUGCAACCGGGAGAAAAGGAACGGCAAAGUGGCCAAACCCGUCCUGCUGCAUCAGAACAGCACCGAAGUCUCCUCUACUAACCAAGUGGAAGUUCCGGACACGACCCAAAAUUCUCCCGUCUCCAUCAGCAGCGGAUUAAAUAGCGACCCAGAUGUAGCAGACAGUCCGGCAGUCACGGGCGUCUCCAGCAUGGCGGUGGCUUCGGUGAUGGGGAACCUGUCUCAAAACGCCACCGUUUUCAUGUCUGAUAUCAGCAGCGAGGCCGUCUACACAAUGUCCCCCACCGCCGGGCCAAACCCACACCUUCUCUCCUCGGACGCGACGACCCAAGGGCUGGUGCUGGCGGUCAGUUCCGACGGCCACAAGUUCGCCUUCCCUACCGCCAGCAGCUCGGACGGCCUCUCCAUGUUGCCCGCCAGCGUCUCCGAAGAACUUGUGCUGUCCACCACUCUUGACACCAACAGGAAGGUCCCGGAAACCACCAUGAAUUUUGACCCAGACUGCUUCCUCAACAACCCCAAGCAAGGGCAGACUUACGGGGGAGGCGGGCCCAAAGGAGAAGGCCUCAACGCCAACAUCCGACAGUCGCCCACCUCGGACCGAGGGUUCAACUUCAACGCGGCCCUCACCAAGGAGAUCAAGACGGAAGACACCUCCUUCGAGCAGCAGAUGUCCAAAGAAGCCUUCUCGUCUUCUUCCUCGUCCAACUCGCUGACCUUGAACACGGCGUCCAGCCUCCUUCCCUCCGGCGGAGGGCUCAGCCCCAGCACCACCCUGGAGCAGAUGGAUUUCAGCGCCAUCGACUCCAACAAGGACUACACGUCGGGGUUUAACCAAGCGGUGCAGAGCCCCCACGUCCACCAAACCCCUUCGCCGAGCUUCUUCCUGCAAGACAGCAGCAAAGGGCUCCCCCUCGAGCAAAACGCCCACAGCAGCCUGAACGACGCGAGCAGCUCUUUCGUCGCCCCGCUGGCCCUGCCCAACGUCAAGACGGAGGCCUCCUCCCAGAACCCCUCCAACUGCAACGGCACAGUGGAGGCCCGGAUCGAGGCCACCUCUUCGCUGCAGCUCAUGCAGUUCCAGGCCAGCUUCCCGUCCAUCGCGGCCGAAGGGGAGGUCCCCAUGGAGACCUCGACGCACGCGGAAGGGAACGAGAACCUGCUCAAAACCGGGGAGCUCCAGUCCUGCAGGGCGGAGCACUACAUGCAGCCCGAGGCCAACAACAGCUUGAGGAACGGAGGGAGCCUCCCCAUCCUCCAGGGGAGCAUGGUGCAGGGCCUCUACCCCGUGGCCCACCCGGCCUUGAACAACGCGUCCAACAUGGAGCUCAGCUUGGAUCACUUCGACAUCUCCUUCAGCAACCAGUUCUCGGAUCUGAUCAACGAUUUCAUUUCGGUGGAAGGCGGGAACAACGCCCUGUACGGCCACCAGCUGGUCUCCGGGGAGAACGCCGGGCUGUCCCAGGCGGAGGAGACCACCCGCGCCGCCUACAGCCAAGCGGAGAUGUGCAUCCCCUGCUGCAGCCCCCAGCAGGCCAACUUGAGCCUCAGCAACCCAGAGAACGGCGCCAGCCCAAUGGCCUACAUGCACGUCACCGAGGUGGUUUCGGCAGCGGCCGCCGCGGCCCAAGGCACCCUGGGCAUGCUCCAGCAGAGCGGCCGACUCUUCAUGGUGACCGAUUACUCUCCCGAGUGGUCGUACCCGGAGGGCGGCGUGAAGGUCCUCAUCACCGGAUCCUGGCAGGAAGCCAGCAAUAACUACAGCUGCCUUUUUGACCAGAUCUCCGUGCCGGCCUCGCUGAUCCAGCCAGGGGUGCUACGCUGCUACUGCCCAGCCCACGACACCGGCCUCGUCACGCUGCAGGUGGCUUUCAACAACCAGAUCAUUUCCAAUUCGGUGGUUUUCGAAUAUAAGGCCCGGGCAUUACCAACCCUUCCUUCUUCUCAACACGACUGGCUCUCGCUGGAUGAUAACCAGUUCAGGAUGUCUAUUCUGGAACGACUUGAACAGAUGGAGAGAAGGAUGGCGGAGAUGACCACACUGCAGCAGCACAAGCCAAGUGGGGGCAACAGCAGCGCCAACGGAGGUAGCCAAGCCCAGUGCAUCUCGGAGGCCGCCACCUUGGGCACCUGCUUCGAGAGCCGCGUUGUGGUGGUGUGCGAAAAGAUGAUGAGCCGAGCUUGCUGGGCCAAAUCCAAACACCUGAUCCACUCCAAGACGUUCCGGGGGAUGACCCUUUUGCACCUGGCGGCUGCCCAGGGCUACGCUACCCUCAUCCAGACACUCCUCAAAUGGCGCACCAAACAUGCCGACAGCAUCGAUCUGGAGCUGGAGGUCGAUCCGCUGAAUGUGGACCACUUCUCCUGCACGCCACUGAUGUGGGCCUGCGCUCUGGGCCACACGGACGCCGCCGUGGUCCUUUACAAGUGGGACCGGCGGGCCAUCUCCAUCCCUGACUCGCUCGGCAGGCUGCCGCUGACCAUCGCCCGCUCCCGCGGCCACGUGAAGCUGGCCGAAUGCCUUGAGCAGCUGCAGCGGGAGGAGCAGGCGCAGCUCCGGCCGUCCCCUCGCCUCCCCUGCCCUCCGCAGGAAGAGCCCAGCGGUGACAACUGGACGUCCCAGUGGCCCAGCAAACUCACCGCCUCUCAGGACCAGCAAAAGGGAAUCUCAGUGGUUUCCAAUGCGAACACGGAAUUGCGACGGCCUCGGUCCGAACCCUCCAGUUACUACAGCAGUGAGAGCCAGAAGGAUUACCCAGCGCCCAAAAAACACAAACUGAACCCCGACUAUUUCUCCACGAGGCAGGAGAAGCUUCUGUCCACAGCCUUGAGCCUGGAGCAGCCCAGCAGCCGGAAACCGAUCCCCGGCGCGAAGCCUGCUGCUCUCCUUGAGACAAUCAACCCCCAGCACGGCGGCACGGAGUACGCCCGGGAUCUGGUCCCCGAGCUGGCCAGCUACCGCAGCUCCAAAUGGAGGCCGAAGGAGACCUACCUGGGCGUAUCGGCCGCGCAGGUGACCGGCAGCCCGAAAGGGUUGGCGCCGUUGGGGAAAGACUCUGGCGCUCAACGGUUGCAUCCGCGGGAACCGAUGAAUGUGGUGAUGAUGGCGGACAGGGAAGCGGCCGAAGCGGAAUUGCUUUCUUUCCGGGAUAGCGCCGAGGGCGAAAACUGCUUGCACCACAUGGAUGAUUUGCAGGUCACCAUGAUGACCCUGGCCGAGCACAUCAUCGAAGCCACCCCGGAGAGGAUCAAGCAGGAGAAUUUCAUGCCGGCCGAAGAGGCGUCUCAGGUGGAGAGGACAGAAAGCGCGGCCAUUAGCACCUCCAUGAGCUGGCUGGCCAGUUACCUGGCCGACGUGGACCGCGUGCCCAGCGCUGCUCAGAUAAGAAGCCUCUACGGUGGGUGCCCGACCCCCUCGCCCCACACCAGCCGCAGCCCCUCCGGCUCGCCAGUCAAUGCGAUGGCUUUUGAGAAGCCCAGCCUCCCCUCGGCGACAGACUGGUCCGAGUUCCUAAGCGCCUCCGCCGGUGACAAGGUGGAAAACGAGUUUGCACAGCUGACCCUCUCCGACCACGAGCAACGGGAGCUCUACGAAGCCGCCAAGCUGGUCCAGACCGCCUUCAGGAAAUACAAGGGACGUCCCCUCCGGGAGCAACAGGAAGUGGCCACGGCCGUCAUUCAGCGUUGUUACCGGAAAUACAAGCAGUAUGCACUUUAUAAAAAGAUGAUCCAAGCUGCCAUCUUGAUCCAGAGCAAAUUCCGAAGUUACUACGAGCAGAAGAAAUUCCAGCAAAGCCGGAGAGCCGCCGUUCUCAUCCAGCAAUUUUAUCGCAGCUACAAAGAAUUUGGCAAGAGGAGGCAAAACCGCCGGACCGCAGCUCUCAUGCAGCAGAAGCUCAGAAGCAGCCUGCUCACCAAGAAGCAGGACCAAGCUGCUCGCAAGAUCAUGAGGUUCUUACAGCGCUGUCGCCACAGAGCGAAAGACUCGAAAAAGGAACUUGAAGAACGAGAUCCCGGCGGCGACGAGAGCAUCCCAUAACAGCCCGGGAAGGAGUGGGCCGUCGUCUUUUCGGACUGUUUCCAUUUUAUUUUAUUUUUAUUUUUUCUGUUUUCAACAGAAACAUGCAACGACAAUUUCAAACAAAAAAAAAAAAAAAGAAAAAUGAUUUUGAUUAUUUAAAAAAA